UAUACUAAGAAUUAGAUUUAAUAUCAAAGUAAUAAUAUCAUUAAUGCAUGUCUUAUGCACAGUCUGUCAUGUAAGGCUGCAAAUAAUGAUGGUUUUUAUUAUAGACUAAUCUGACAGCUCUGUAAAGUGUGACAAGAUAGAUCACAGUUUCCCAGAGCCAUACUCAUUCAUUCCUGUGCAACAAACAAUCCUAUAACUAAACAUAUGAAUUUGCUUUCAUUGGAAAAACAACAAAGAGGCUACUUACAUUUUUGGCAUUUUACCUCAGAAAUAAUUUCAUGAUUUAAAACUGUUAGUUGAACUAGUUGUUUCAGCUGGUCUCUUGUAGAAGAAUCUAUCAUCUUUAGAUGGCAUAAAUUAAACUGUACAGCUAAAUAGAAUAAUAACAUAUCUAUCUAUUCCAUGUAUGUAUUCCUUUGGUAUUAUGUUAAUUUGAAGCGAACUUUUUUAAAGGCUUAGACAAAGUGGAUACACCUUAAAAUAAAUAUUUAGUUCUCAUAAAGACAGAAGAUCAAAUGUGCAUAUAUGUCGUAGUGUGUCUGUUUUGUGUGAUUUUAGUUGCGUUUCUCAGAUUGACUUUUUGUCAGAUACUAUAUUCUGCAGUAUUUUAUCUUAAACGGUAAUCCCCCACUACAGUGAACACCCACACUUAACACUUCUUAUCUCUAUCUCUCAGUCCCUUAUUCGGAACUUACCGUUUUUUUUUUUAAACACAGAUUUGACAUGCAAAACAGUAUAGAGGAAAUACACCACCGUGCAGCCAGCUCUGUUAAUAGGGUCUUACUAGUGUGCUAUAUUGAUGAAUUUCUGUCUCACCUCCAGAGGUGCCAUGAUGUCGGUACUGAUGAUGCAUGCUGUGUGCAACCAUAUAAAAAUAGGCCUAGAGGGCAGUUGAAUACAGUCAUCCGAAAUACUACGACUGAACUUCUGCUCUUGAUUACUAUUGACAUCUAACAUUAUCCAGAUGAAUUUGUCACUGUGGAUAUUUGGGAUUCUGUUUACCAGUCUCACAGGAGCAAAUGGACUCAACUCUUUUCCAGAAAAUUUUGUGGUGGCAAAAUUGAAUGAUGACAAUCCAGUUACCCUAACCUGUGGUACAAGGACCGACGAAAAUGUGACAUGGAGGUUUCGUAACAGAAUGAUAAAGGAUGGUUUUUUUAAGGACAGCUUGCAGCGGGUCGGUCAAGAUCUGAUUGUGUCAGAUGUAGGUACACCCAUGAUGGGGGAAUACAGCUGCUGGAGAGGGGAAGAAAAGUUAUCAUCAACCUAUCUGCUGCUGGAGGUUGAGGGAGACGAGUUAGAUUCUCUCAUAAGUUGCCGAGCAAAUUCCUAUGGCUGUAUGUUCAGUUGUACGUGGACCUCCACUGGAUACACAGCAGUGCGCCUUGGACUGGGCCAUGACUGCAAUAAAGGUGAGAAGUCAUGUCAGUGGGUCAGUGGCAGUGAUGGGGGAUUCCAGUUUGAGCUGUCCCACUCCACCUCACCCUACGCUGAGGAAAGCACCAUGCUCGAACUCACGGUUGAGGCCAUUGCUGAUUUUGGGAUCCUCAGGAGAACCAAGAGAUUUUAUCUGCGAGACAUUAUCCAACCAGACAGUCCCCAGAUUGUCAAAUGUCAGGAGGAGGAGCAGUACCUGAAUGUGACCAUCAAUGCACCGUCCAGUUGGUCAACCCCUCACAGCUUCUUCAGUCUGGAGCAUGAGAUUGAAUAUGUGUUCAAAGAUGACGGCACGAUUGAACGUUCUUCGUCCGCCCUGAUUCCGAAGAAGAUCAGCAAGCUGAGAGUUCGCUCCAGAGACUCGCUGGUGCGCUCAGCCUGGAGCCAGUGGAGUUCCUGGAAAAAUGUAACCCACUGACAUUAUUUGAAUGCAAUACUGUCUGCUCCUGCUCUUUUCUUAUUCUUUUAUGUCUACAAUGUCCUCUCAUGUCCUUUCACCUAUUAUUUUUCACUGUGUGUUCUGGUUGUCUCCCAUUGGCCAAGAGAUAACACAGCACUCAACUGAAGCUCAUUAAUAUGUCAAGAGUUUUGUUUUAUGAUAGAAGAUUAUUAGAGCACACUUUAUUUAUGCCAAUUUUUAUAUAUUUUUUUUGUGUUUUGUAUAUUUAUUAUUUAUUUUAAAUAAUACAUAACAUAAAUCAAACACCAUCAUUGAUGUAAUGCGAAAACAUUUUUAAGGAAAGUAUUUCUUGCUAACUAAGGCACUACCUUUCCCAAGUCAGUCUGGGGUCUGAUAACUUUAAUACUGGAAGUAGGAAAUAUAUAUAUAUAUAUAUGGUAGACAUUGGUAUGGUCACUCUUACCUCCCAGCUUACUAUGCACAGCGCAUUUCUCCACUUCAAUAUGAAGCUGUAUCUACCAGUUGGGCUUCUAUGGAAUCAAAUCUCACAAAUUGGGUCUAGUCAUUUAGGAAUUCUUGGCAUUAAAAUUGAACAAAGUCUACAUAGCACAUAAUUUAACAUGCAUCAGGAGUUAAAUUUGCAUUUCAACAAGAGGAGUCCAGUUCCACAUUAGACAGACUUUUACACAUUUCAUUUUUGUCUGUUACUACUGUGAAGGGGUGUGGGUGUUUUGGUGGUUUAGCUCUGUGCAAAACAAAUGGCUAUUAAAAGAGCUUUGUGCUUCCUUCCUUAUAGAUGUUCUUUCUUCAUAUACUGUAUAUGUUGCUCAUGACAUGUGUACACCUACUGACGUGCAAACAAAAACUCCCUACAAUGUUACAUUUGUACUUUAUGAAAAUGAGGGUGGAAAAAAUAUUGGGAGAGAUUAGUCAGUGAGUGUGUGUUUCUUAAU